AUGGCUGCAGUCGGGGCCGUAAACUCCAAAGCUGAGGUGGCGCUGGCCCAAGCAGCUUUGUCAGUAAAUAUAUGCGCCGCCCGAGGGCUGCAGGAUGUGCUGAGGACCAACCUGGGGCCCAAAGGCACCAUGAAAAUGCUUGUUUCUGGAGCAGGUGACAUAAAGCUCACCAAAGAUGGCAAUGUGCUGCUCCAUGAGAUGCAAAUACAACACCCAACAGCUUCCUUGAUAGCUAAAGUAGCAACAGCCCAUGAUGACAUUACGGGAGAUGGUACUACUUCAAAUGUUCUAAUUAUCGGAGAGUUACUAAAACAAGCUGACCUUUACAUUUCUGAGGGCCUGCACCCUCGAAUAAUAACUGAAGGUUUUGAAGCAGCAAAGACAAAAGCACUUGAAGUUUUGGAGGAAGUUAAAGUUAAAAAGGAGAUGAAAAGAGAAAUCCUCUUAGAUGUGGCUAGAACAUCUUUACGGACUAAAGUCCUUGAAGAGCUGGCUGAUGUGUUAACAGAGGCUGUGGUGGAUUCUGUCUUGGCUGUUAGAAGACCAGGUUACCCAAUUGAUCUCUUCAUGGUAGAGAUCAUGGAGAUGAAGCAUAAGUCAGAAACAGAUACAACGUUGAUCAGAGGACUGGUUUUGGAUCAUGGGGCUCGCCAUCCAGAUAUGAAGAAGCGAGUAGAAGAUGCAUUUAUCCUAAUUUGCAAUGUAUCAUUAGAAUAUGAAAAAACAGAGGUGAGCUCUGGUUUCUUUUAUAAGACUGCGGAAGAGAAAGAGAAAUUAGUGCAAGCUGAAAGAAAAUUUAUUGAAGAUAGAGUGAAUAAAAUAAUACAUCUGAAAAAGAAAGUCUGUGAGCGUUCUGACAAAGGAUUCAUUGUCAUUAAUCAAAAGGGAAUUGAUCCUCUUUCCUUAGAUGCUCUUGCAAAACAUGAUAUAGUAGCUCUCCGUAGAGCAAAAAGAAGAAACAUGGAAAGUUUGACAUGCCUUGUGAAUCAUUUUUCCCCUCUGAUAGGCUGUGUGGUUCCAGGGGCCGGGGCAGUUGAAGUGGCAAUAGCUGAAAGCCUAGCUGCACACAAGCACAGAGUCAAAGGGAGAGCUCGUCUUGGAGUCCAGGCUUUUGCUGAGGCCCUACUCAUCAUUCCUAAGGCUCUUGCUCAGAAUGCUGGUUACGACGAGCAGGAAACACUAUUAAAAGUUCAGGCUGAGCAUUCAGAAUCAAAACAACUUGUUGGCAUAGAUUUGAAUACAGGUAAACCAAUGGUAGCAGCAGAUGCAGGAAUUUGGGAUAAUUACUGUGUGAAAAAACAACUUCUUCACUCUUGCACAGUGAUCGCCACCAACAUUCUCCUGGUUGAUGAAAUUAUACGAGCUGGAAUGUCUUCUCUCAAAGGGUGA